GUCACCCAAGGAAGAUCUGACAGUAAGUGUGAGGAAUUUGGCAAUAAAACCACCGAUCUGCAGAGAUUUCCGAAAACCCAAAAUGAUUAGCUCAUUAAAAUUCAGUCUUAUUCUACUUCUGUUGAUUUCUACAAUGCAUGUGUUCUGGUCUUAUCCCGUUCCACCUUCUAAGGUGCCUGGAAAAUCUGAUUACUUUCUCAUCCUGCUGAACAGCUGCCCAACCAGGAUGGACAGGAGCGAGGGACUAGAUUUUCUAAAGCCAAUUUUGGAGAAGACAUUCAUGAAAAGGUCCUUUCGCAAUGGAGUUGGAACAGGGAUGAAAAAAACUUCCUUUCAAAGAGCAAAAUCAUGAAUAAGUGUGCAAAGGACUCUGGGAAUUAAUCUCAAACUUUGUAGAGUGUGACUGAUGUGCUGAAAGUUAGUUAUAUCUUUAUCAUUAAGUGUUGAUGUGCUCUCAAUUCUUAAAUAUCAUUUUUCUCUGAGCUGGUACAGAGUAAAUUGAGUUUGAAAAACAGGUAAACCUGCCCCAAACUUCCACAGCAAGAGAAUAAAUUAUUUAUGUGAUCAGUUAGCAACUUCCCUGACUAAGGAUGGGCACAUUUGCUUUGAUCUUAAAUUGGCCAGAAAGUACGAGCAGUUUUACUGUAAUGACAAUGGUAUGAUUUUUUUCCUGCCUGUAAUACUGUAUAUCAGAAUACUGAUUUUUUUUUUCUUUUAAAUAUGGCUUUCUGAAAUGACUCAGAAGAACCAAUUCUUCUGGGAUGUGUGAUUUCAGUUUCUCAGAGAGUCUUGUGAGAUCACCCAAAGUUGAGAUUCAUGCUACCAACUGUGUUUUCUUCCAUCAAUUCACUGAUACCAGAAAUAAACAUCAGCUGUGCCCUCUGGGUGUAACCCUUGCUGUUCU